ACAUUUUCUCCAAGUAAGCAAACUUCUGUUCUUGAUAACAACGAUUUCUAUGAUUUUUUAUGCAACGUCGACUUUUUAUCCCUAUGUAUCUAUCAAAGUUUGCAAGUAAGAAGCAAGAGUACUCGAAGGCGGAAGACAUUUUCCGUGUCAAAGCGUAUCGUUAUCCUCGAAUAUCGAACGAACACGUACGUUAACCUUAUUAACGUUUACCUUGAACUUCACUUUUAGCUUUUUGUUACGUACACGAUGGCCUUUAAGCGCCUAGGAAACAGUUUUAUUCGAUUCUUGCAUGACUGGGAACAAUUUUUCCCCUCGAUCAACGCAAAUCCCACGACUUUCGUAGGAAUUUAAAUUCUCUCGUAUAAUUCUCGUGGUCGAAUCCCUUUUUUCGAAAAACUUUCAAGGCGAACGUCGAACUUCGUCCGAUUUUCCCAAAUGCACCAACAUCUGUUCACAGACAUUCGCUCACAGACAACGUGUCCACGACAACAGGUUUUAAAACAGGCGCACUAAAACGAACGACGAGUUUUCGGUUGAAAGAACGUUACGCUGGAAGAUGCACAAAGCACAACUUGCUGGUCGAAUAUUCACGAGAGUGCGGGUAUCGCGUUCAGAACGUAAGAAAGAGCUUGAUCGCUCGAUGGAAGUAGCGAGCCGUAUAGAUAAAACUGUCGUCCUGUUAGCGAAAAAAAGAAGAGCAAAAGAAAGAGAAGAACGGCCUGGCAAAGCUGGUCGGGCGCUCUUACCGACCGACUCGCGCACGAAAAGAAGAACAUUCGCCACGAGGUCACGUUGCACCCCGUCGUCUUCCAUCCACUAUCAUCCGUUACAAUGUAUGCGCGUUUACGUAUGUGCGCGUGCCGUCGCGUUCCUAAUCACCCUGUUUCACGGUUAAUCAGCCGAGUGGCCGGAACACGGAGAAGGUCAGAGAAUAGGGUGAGGCGCAAAACAGAGGAGACAAGAUAGCUAGGACAGACAGAGAAGAAGAUCGAACAACGGAUAAAACGAGAAGGACAAAGAUGCAGAGAAAGGGAGACAAAAAUUGUUGCAGGAAGACACAGAAAGAGGCCACUACUGAUACGAAAAGAGAAAGCGAGCGAGAGCAACGUGAACGAGAAACAACGAGAGACAGACAGAUACGGAGAGAAGGAUUCGUGCUAAUUAUUGCUUGGUUGCGAGGGAAACUUCGGAGCAUUAAUAGAGGGAUACUGCGAAAUUCGAAAGGACGAGAUGAAAGUCAAGACGACGCCAUCGCAGCGAUCGAUGAUAAAUGUGAUAACUGUUCGUCGAAACGUGAUAUUACAGAACCUGUACUUUCAUUAUAAGGUUUGAUAAUUCUUCCAGGAUGACAGCCUUCAUGAUGGUUUCUUCUGAAGUACAUCAACAUCGUCGACAUCGUUCUUCGUGUGUAACUGUGGGAUGGCACGUAUUUAAGAAAAAAGCCUACGAAGAUAUUGGUCGAUGAUUCGAGAAACUCGUCCAACGAUGACGAAGAUAUAGGUGAAAGACAAGAUUACGAAGAUGUAAAUGAAUCGAAAGAAAGCGACAAUAAUUCCGAAGAAUUUAAUAACGAUACAAAUAAAUCAAGUUUCGUUUCGUCUUGGAAAUUAUCACUGCCCGAUGAAUUUGCAAAUAUAAGAUUUAUUAGUAACAAUACGUACAGCGGUCGUAUUAGUAGAAAAAUGAUGGAGGGUGAAGGCGUAUACAAAUGGUCUAACGGUGCUCGGUAUAAAGGAGAAUUCGAACAGAAUGUUAUGCAUGGCAAAGGUCUAUUAGAAUGGAACAAUGUUUGCUGGUACGAAGGUGAUUUUACGAACGGCUACCGACAUGGUAGAGGAAUUAUGGUGGAUGGAGAAAAUCGUUACAUGUAUACCGGUCAAUGGCAUAUGGGUCAAAGACAUGGGAAAGGUUAUUCCCGUUACUCUGACAAUGGUUCAUACGACGGUGAUUGGGUAAUGAACAAAAUGAACGGGAUUGGAUUACGAAUUUAUCCAAGCGGUGGCCGUUACGUGGGUCAAUGGAAGAACGGAGUUCGUGAUGGUAUCGGAACCAUGGUUUGGUCCAAUGGGAGUCUCUAUCGUGGGGAAUGGAAAUGCGGUGCAAUGCACGGCUAUGGAGAGUACGUAUGGAAUGGAUUUUUUAAUAAAACGUUUGCUUGGCCGCAAGAAGCAUCGUACGUAGGUUACUGGCGUCGCGGAAUGCGUCAUGGCAAGGGGGAGAUAAAGCUGAAUUCCGUCGGUGGAGCUAAGUAUUCUGGUUAUUGGAAGGAUAAUAAAAAGCAUGGUUACGGAGUCAUAAUUGGAAGUAACGGGCACAAGUUUGAGGCUAAUCCAUUAUUUUUAAAUGAUAUUUUGUGUGCGCCGAACGUUGUAGCCGAUAAUUUAGAAACUGAAACGAAAACGAAGGAUGAAGGAGAAUGCAUGCGAACAGCUAAAGAAAUAAAAACAGCAUUUGCCGAGAAACCUGGUCAAUUGGUAGAAACUUGGCCAACACCUAUUCUGAAGCCAGAACAGUUUCUAUGUUUAUCUUACUAUAUAACUCGUCUAUUGGAUCCAAAAAAUAUGGAGCCAUCUGUCGUAUUUUCGCCUCCAUCUGGAAAAUGCUACAGUUGUGAAAGAGAAUCUUGUUCUUGUUUGCCACAUCCACUUUCCAUAGAUACGAUUACAAGUGAACGAAACGACAUCACGCAGACACAUGCGCCCGAAUCCUACACCGAGAAUAUGAUAGAAUCUGUCUGGAAAUAUGAAGAAUGCUGGACAUAUAAUUGUUUGACGUUUCACAUGCAUCGUUUACGUGAAAUUUACAACGAUUAUGCUACGUUAUUUGCCAAGUCGGCGCCAAAAUGCAAUCUGGCGAUGAGUAGAUUAUGUUUAUGGCAAUUAUGGAGAGAUUGUGGUAUUCAUAAGAAAGGACUUAGCCUCACUGAAAUCGAUAGUUACAUUGGUGAACGUUAAUUGAUAACUACUGUAAACAUCGUUGUAUAUUAUGUCACAGUACUGUACAAAAGUCCUUUUCUUGGACCGUCAGUAGUGAUCACUACAGAGUAGUAAUCUCACAAUGAUGGUAUUAAUACUUUUAGGGAAUACGUAUUUGUGGUGUUUGACUUUCUUAAGUAAUAACGAUAAACCUAAGAUAAUAUCAAGUAUCUUUAUAUUCAUUUGGUAGGUAGCCUAAGAUUUUGCACAGUACUGUGUACCAGUACAUAUUGUAUAUGUAUAUGAGUAAAUUAGUUUUUAAUGCAACAAAACAGUAGUUUGGAAUAAUAUCCGCUAUCGCAAACACGUCUCGCUAUAAAGUUUCUAUUAUUAAUGUGAAUCGUUAAAAUAUUAGCGAAAAAUGAAACCACGAUGGUGAAAGAUCCUCUUCAUCCGUUCGAAAAGAUUGAAAUCUGGCAAUUUUUACACGCCUUGUUAGAAGUUUCCUGGCACUUAUAUACUAAACACAACGACGAUGAAGUCGAGGAAAUGAACGGAAAAAUCGCUGGUGGUUUGCACAAAUUUUUAAAAAACUAUAUAUAUCCUCAUGCUGGAAAUCAUGUUGGUACGUAAGUACAUACCUAAUACGGUAACAUUAUCAUAAAUAAUAUAAUAUAAAUGUAAAAAGUGGCUUUUGAAAAGAAAAGGUGGUAUUGUUAUGAAGACAAUUUAUGUCAUAAGGAAUAUAAUUUGCGUCUAUGUAAGUUUUUGGGAAUUUUCAUUAAACUAAAUGAAACAAAUGUUUAUGACUCUAUGAAACAGCUAGAAAAUCUUUUGUGUUGUUAAUCAUUUGCACAACAAAUACAACUUUUUCAA